AAGGUUGGAAUGAAACGUUUGAUUGAGGGAGCAAUUUACCCAGUGAUGAAAAGGGAAGAUUCACUACCUAAACAUGAUUGGCAGCCGCUAAUAUCCUUAGAACGACUCUGAUAGGCAUCUGUCUUUACGAAUGAAAAGACAAAAAAAAAAGCUCUCCGGAUUAUAGACUUCAAGUCCCAUCAACCCCAAUCAGUUCAGUCAAUGAUCAAGGAUCCAGAGGAUUGCAGUCCAAAAUAUCAUGGAGAGCUGGCUUUGGAAAGGAUAGAGGAGGGAAAAAAGCCACCACAGCCUCAAUCAUUCCAUUGUGAAACCGAGCUCCCUGCAGGAGGGGACGGCUAUAUUUACCGGGGGCGGGAUUUAGUGCGAUACAGCCCAGUAGGCGUGGCACAACUCGUAACAGGCAGCUCCCGGAGCCAGUGAUCGCUCCCCCCCCGGUUUGACACCUCUUUGGUCAGCGGGUCAGGGGACCGGCCUAUCGGCGAAGCGUAGACGUUCGGUUACGUUUCGCCAUCUCGCGGAUUAAGCGGAGGCCUUCAACGCAGCGUUGGGAUGAGCUGAAUCCUCACGUCAGGGAGGGGGUCCCUCUUAGGGCAGCGGUGGCCGCUAGAAGCUCGGCCGGUGGGUAAUCUACAAGCAGGGUCCUGAGGCGAAUUAUUCCUGGCGAGGGUGAGUAAGAGUAGACCCGGUGACCGUGGGCUUUCCUCCUCUUCCUCACCAUUGGACGCAACUUUUCUACUCUUACCAACCACCUCCUAAGGCUGUUUAAAUGAGAAUGUCCUUGGCGCAGAGAGUACUGCUCACAUGGCUCUUCACCUUACUAUUUCUGAUCAUGCUGGUGUUGAAACUGGAUGAAAAAGCACCAUGGAACUGGUUUCUAAUAUUUAUCCCAGUUUGGAUAUUUGAUACCAUUCUUAUAGGCAUGAUAAUUGUAAAAAUGGCUCGUCGUUGUAAGUCUGGCUUUGACCCUCGUAAUGGCUCGCUCAAUCUCAAGAAGAAAGCCUGGUACCUUGCAGCAAUGCUGCUUAAGCUGGCCUUCUGCCUCGCUCUCUGUGCAAAAUUGGAGCAAGUUGCUGUAAUAAAGCUAGCUUAUGUCUUUAUUCCCCUUUGGGCUUUGCUCGUUGGAGGGAUGAUCGAACUUGGAUACAACAUCUUCUGUGGACAAAGGGACUAAUUUUCUAUAAACUGCGUUUUGGCAAUUAACAUCACAUUCCUGAGCUUGCUAUACGUUUACUGCAUAUAAAAGAACUACUGAUACAGACUUACGUUGAUGUUUAUGCUGCUGGACUUAGUGCUUCAGUGUGUGAAGCAUAUCUGUCUGGCCCUCAUGUAAAUAUUGUAAAUAAAACUUAUUUUCUAUGCUUUU